AUGAAAAAUUCCUGGCACCCCUACCUGGCAUCUGAAAGCAGAAGAUCAGGAGAAAUAUACAUUCAGGGCAUGGAAAGAAGAGCUGCUAGUAGGACCUUCCUUCCAAUCACAGCCCUCUUGGGGUACUGUAUUGUGCUGUCUUCCGCCGCCAUCAUUCCUUCCGUCCGAAAUUCCAACAGACUCUGGAAAAUAGACUUGUCUGAACAGCCUCUCGGUAAUAAGCAGCUGGGCCCCUUCCAGCCGAGGUCCUGGAAGCACCAGCUUCCUUCCAUAAUGUUACACGACUGGAGUCUCAAAAUGCUGUCAUCCGACCUGCUGCCCAGUGAAUCAGCCGAGGACAGAAGAAGAAAGCUGACCCUGUCGCCCGCCACGAGACAGAUUCUGCUUGGGUCGGAUGAUGUCACCCGAAAAGUGCUCCCAGAAAACCCCGAAAUGCCGGACCAAAGAUGGAUGCCAAUGUGGCCUCCCAACGAAGAGUUGGAAAAGAGAAACAUCGUGGUAGCCGAUGACGCCGCCUUCCGGGAGCGAAGCAAAAUGCUCACUGCUAUGGAGAGACAAAAAUGGCUGAACUCAUACAUGCAGAAGCUUCUGGUGGUGAACUCCACCUAAUGGGACCCCAUUACCGUGCUUCGUGCUAUGUGUUUUUAUCCUUCUAUAUUAUCUCAUCUACUCCCUUUCAAUAAAAACUGCAUUAUUUUCUUCUUUUAA